UAGUGCUCAGACUUCAGAGGGAGAGUUUGAAACCAACAUCAGAAAUGAGCUUUACCAUCGACGAGAGGGGCAGGCCCAACACCCAGGACUACAGGGUGUUUUUCCAAAACUCUGAGGGUAAAUACAUCUCUCCGUUCCAUGACAUACCCAUCUACGCAAAUGAAGCAGAGAAUAUUUUUCAUGCUGUUGUGGAGGUUCCAAGAUGGACAAAUGCAAAGAUGGAGAUUGCCACCAAAGAUCCUCUCAAUCCACUGAAACAAGAUUUGAAGAAGGGAAAUCUUCGUUAUGUAGCUAAUGUGUUUCCUCACAAAGGUUACAUCUGGAAUUAUGGAGCUAUCCCGCAGACAUGGGAAGAUCCUAACCACAAGGACAGCGACACAGGAUGCUGUGGAGACAAUGAUCCUAUUGAUAUAUGUGACAUAGGAAAUAAGGUGUGCACACGAGGAGAGAUAAUUAAAGUGAAAGUUUUGGGAACUCUGGCUUUGAUCGAUGAGGGUGAAACAGACUGGAAGGUCAUUGUGAUCAAUACGGAGGAUCCCGAAGCCGGCGACUUUAACGAUAUUGAUGAUGUGAGACGACUUAAGCCUGGAUAUCUAGAGGCGACUUUUGAUUGGUUCAAGAGAUAUAAGGUCCCAGAUGGGAAACCUGAAAACCAGUUUGCUUUCAAUGGAGAAUUCAAAGACAGGGACUUUGCCAUUGCAACAGUGAAGAGCACCCAUGAGUUUUGGAAGGCACUGAUCUCUAAGAAGACCGAUGCUGGCGAGUUAAAUUGCAUGAACACCAGUGUCUCAGACAGUCCGUUCUGCUGCUCUGCUGGAGAUGCAGAGGCUGCGGUUAAGUCUGCAUGUGAUUUUGGAGCUGAAGAACCUAUUCCAAGUUCAGUCGACAAAUGGUUCUACUAUGAGAAGUAGGAAGGAAAAGCCUGGGCAGAAACAUGAAGAUGUCACUUCACACCUGCACUCCUUCUAUCUGCUUACAGUGGCACAUGAACUGGACAGAUUGAAUGUAUAUUGUAUUUCACAUUUUACCUGUUUUUGUUGUUGUUGUUGUUGUUGUUGUUGUUGUUAUCUGAUUCUACUGUUGUCAAAACUGCUUGUUGUGGGAUUAUUGGCACUAUGUAAAAUUCAGACCAUGUGAAGGCACUUUUUCAUCAUUUACAUUGUAGCCCAUAAUUUCAGGCUUGAUAGGACACUAUAAUAAACCACACUAAAUCCCAGGCUAUGGUGUAUUCUGUAUUGAUUUUAUUGCCACUAUUUCAUAUUAUUAUUAUUAUUAUUGUAAUCAUUUAGACCUGAGCUGACCUUCAGAAUAUUGAUCGAAAGUGGAUAAUGGUGCCCUGAUGGGAAAAGACAGAGAGAAAUUAUGUUCGGCCUCGUUUCUCUUGUUACUCAUUUCUAUACAAUACUCCAUAGCCUAAUAAUUCUUGUAGACAUACAAUAAAUGACACAUUGCCCAUAUGCAAUUCCAGUAAAUGAUGUAUUUGGUGUUCCUGAAAUGUAAUAGCUACUUAAAAGUAUAAAUGACAUGGUGGUUAUUAAAACCAUUGGCUGUAAAAGCCAUGGGAUGCAUCAG